UCCGAGAACUGCUGGGACUGGGGACCUGGCUGCCCCGGGCAGGAGCGUGAAGGGGAAGCACCAAUGGCUCCCUUGGGACCCGCCACGACCCCCGGCGCUUUGGGCAGCUCGGAUGGCUACCAGUUGUCGCCUAUCUUGGAGGUGGGCGCCGCCCGGGCUUCUUCCAGUGGAGGGACGACACCAUCUCCUACAAACAAUACUGGGAAUGGACACCCGGAAUAUGUUGCUAUUGUACUAGUUCCAGUUUUCUUCAUCAUGGGACUUUUUGGAGUCUUUAUCUGCCAUCUGCUUAAGAAGAAGGGCUAUCGGUGUACGACAGAAGCCGAACAAGAUAUUGCGGAAAAAGUUGAAAAGAUAGAAAUGAAUGACAGCGUAAAUGAGAAUAGUGAUACUGUUGGACAAAUCGUCCAUUACAUCAUGAAAAAUGAAGCAAAUGUUGAUGUUUUGAAGGCCAUGGUGGCAGAUAACAGCGUAUGUGAGCCUGAAAGCCCUUUGACUCCAAGCACUCCGGGCAGCCCUCCAGUGAGUCCUGGUCCCAUGUCACCAGGAAGUACUCCAGGAAAGCAUGUGUGUGGCCGCCAUCUGCAUACUGUUGGAGGGGCAGUAGAAAGAGAUGUAUGUCAGCGCUGCAGACAUAAACGGUGGCACUUCACAAAACCAAGCAACAGAUUGAAAGAAGGAAGAAGUCGGCGCCAAGGAGAAGUGACAGUCCUUUCUGUUGGCAGGUUUAGAGUUACAAAAGUGGAACACAAGGCCAGUGCCAAGGAACGGAGAAGUCUGAUGUCUGUGAGUGGUGCAGAAAGUGUCAAUGGCGAAGUACCCAUCACUCCUGUGAAAAAGGAAGGAAGUGGCACAGAAUAGGAGGAGGAGUUUUAUUUGAAGAAGUUUUAAAGAGACCGAAAACUUAGGAGAUGUGCAAAGCCAAUUGCCCAAGGAAAGAGUUUCUUAAAUCUUUUGUACCAUUUCUGCCUGGGGGGUGUGUGUCCAAGAUUCUAAAAUGGAACACCGUUGCUAUUCUAGAUGCCAGGUUCUAUGUGUCAGCUUGAUAACUGGUUUUUGCCCCUUAUGCCUUACAGAAAGUUUAUUAAAUUUUCAAGAAAGGCAAGAUUUGGUAGUAUUUUAACUUAAUAGACUCUUCCUUUGCCUUUGUGUACAUAACUCAAGUUUUCUCAUUUCAGUAAUGUGUAUGUACAGUGGGAAUAUUAAUGUACAGUUUGAGAUUGUGCUUUCUCCGUGUGUCUCUCUGUUAACUCCACCCCAUUUUUUCCUCUUUUAUUUUUUUGUCUAUGGAGAAGGAGCAGUGCGCCGAACCAAUUUCACUGUCCCAGAAGUGAUAGGCAGUGACAUCAGCAUGCUCCUCCCCCACCUUCAUCAUAAUCAUGUUUUAUCUCUAGAUUUCCAGUGACUUCCUUUUAGGAGUGACUUAAAUUCGACAACAACCCCAUUUUAAUGAUUAAAAAUUGACUUCAAGCCCAUCGAACAAAACGCAAUUGUUUUGACAGCCCAAGGCCCAAACAAACCUCCAGUGUAAGAGGAGGGACUGUAACUUCUUCCAGGCUUUUUCAGUGGUGUAGGUAAUGGUCACUAGGGGUGGAUAAGCAUUCAUGGGAUGCUGCUUAUAAAGUCUUGCCAAGUGAGUUCAUGGCAAGGCAAGGGCAGACAGUCUGGGAGGAGUGGUGAUGGAAUGAGCCAGACAAAACCUGUCAUUACUUCGAGUUUUGUUAUUUAGGCAGGGUGUUUCCAGAUCUCUCCUUAAACUAAUUUAAAAAGAAGAAACAAACCUACUAUCAGCUUCCCAAAAGAACACCUCUGUGUCAAUGGGCUUUUAAGUAUUACUGUAAAUAAAACCUUUUGUUUUCUAAAUCUAGCCAUAAAGUUAAGAUCCUACCAAUCUUUCAGAUGACUGGUAGAUUUAAUUUUGCCUCAGUUUUUUUUUUUCUUCUUAUUUCAAGGCACUAUGGUGCAAUGGAUAUAGAGAGCUGGCCUUGGCCUCAGGAAGAGCUGGUUCAGGUUUUAUCUCUCUCUUAUACGUACUGGUUCUGUGAUCAGAAGAGAGUCACUUUAUCUCUCUGUGCUCCCACUAAUUCUUUUAAGGCUAUAAAUUACAAAAAAAGAUGUAGAUCUACAUUGAUAGAGGGAGCUUCCUCAUUGGGAGUUCCCUAUUUCAAUGAAAUCUCAGGUCCACUCCAAAAUUUAUCAAUUUUCUAACAAAUCUGAAAGAUGUUUAUCUGUGGGUAUAUGUUGGAUACAUAAUCUAAGAGGAUUUAAUUAUGGAAAUAAACCUCCCUGAGUUCCAGAAAAUUAUGAUAUAGGAUUUUUUUUGAGAAUGUAAAUAUUUUUUAUUAGGCUGAGAUUUUAAAGUCCUAGUUUUGUUAAGUUAAAAAUCAUCAUUAGUUAUUAAUGAUUUAAAAUAUUACAUUCCAGUAUGGAGAUGAAUCAAAAUGUAAGGCAUUUCAAAAGCUUUAAUAAUUUCAUUCAGGUCAGAGAACUUUUUAGCAAUACCGUGGGCAAGAAAAUACACUGAUAUCUGAAACUAUAUUUAAAUGACAAGCACAUUUUUAAGGUAUUUUCUAAAACAAGCAGUUUUGGUUUGGUUAUCUUACAGUAAUGCCAAAAGUUAUGCACCCCAUGCAUCAAUCAUGUAAACAUUUUUUGUUAGUUUCUUGUAUUCAAUGAUAAUUCUUAAGUGUUUCUGAAGCAACGGAUGUUUACAAGAGCUUCUAUUUCUCUUCCUUCUUUCGAGGGGGAGGAAUUCCCAGCGAAAGCUUAUAGAGUGACACUAACUAUUGUUGUGUAAAAUUUGUAAAGGUAAUUUUUCAUCAUUUUGUGUGUCAAAUAUAUUUUUAACUGUAUGGUUUGUACCUUAAGACUUUUGUACUACCAAAGCAGAGUUAAAAAUAAAAGGAU